CUCGUUUGGGCCCAGAUCCCAGUGGAUGUUGGCCCUGGCGCUAGGAGGCUCCAGGAAAACCAGCCACGCGAGCUGAUUCUGUCCAGGCCUCCCAGAUGGGGCCCGAGAAGAUGGCGUCGGAGGAUCGCGUCGCGUCGCCGAUGCAUCGGCGAUGCGGCUCGAUAUGGAACCCGAUUCUUAUCGCGCCGACGGCGCCGAUGCAUCGCCAACGUCGCCGAUGCAUCGGCGAUGCCCCUCAAUCCUCCGAUCCCAUCGCCCGUACCCCGUCCGGGAAUCCUCCAUUCUCUAUAUUCGCUACUUUUCUUCUCUUGUCCCUCCCCCCCUUUUCGUCCGACCCGAAAGUUUAGUCUAGGAAGGCGCCCACUUGAGUAAUUUUGGUUCAGGCCAGUCCGCCUGGGAAGGCGUUGCCGUGCGCCGAGCGCCUGGUCGUUCCAGCGCUCGCCCGCGGAGAUGGCCGCAGUCGGACUCGAGAGGGGAGAGAUCUACGGCAUACGUGGGCGUUGGGUCCAGCUGGGGUGCUGAGGUGGCAUGGGUGGCCCAGCACUGGUUCUGGCCGGCAAAACGGGGGAGAACGGGGCCCCCUCGUCGCCCUGGCUGGACGCGGCUCGAAAGUUUGACCAGUUUCGAUCCCGGCAGGGUUCCGAGGACAGAUUUUGAACGGAGUUGCCCUCGUCCUCCCCUCUUGAUCCCUUUUCUUUGGGCCCAUCCAACGCAGACCCCUCGGCCGCUUCCAGCGUGGGCGUAGAUAUGUUUGCCAUGCUUCUCCCUCCUUCUCCUCCUUGCGGUCUUGGACGCUCAAGAUCGAAGAACAGCAAACCAUCAUGAACAGGUUUGCCAGCGUGGACACCAAACAGUGCAUCGUUGCACCCUGGAUGCGUGAUAUAUUCGGUGCAAUCUCUGUGGUGCGAUGUCGCAGGCUUGGAAAUUGGCACCAACACCAAGACAGGGGGGUGCCUCCACAGGGGGAAGGUGAUCCUCGAUUUUCGGUGUUGGUGGUAAUAGUUCGGUCACCUUGGAAGCCAGAAGAUUACCACCAUCGCCGAGAUCGAGAUCUUCUUCCCUCGGUGGAGGCACACCGCCGAAAUUGGUGUUGGUGUCAAUCUCUAGGCCUGCGACGAUGUACGUGGUGUAGGCUAUGUGGUGCAGGCUGUGUGUGGUGUACUAGUACGUAGUGCAAUACCGUGCAGUCUAUGAUGCAGUGCAAGCUUUGCUUCGGUGCAUGACCAAAGUGAGAACCUCAAAGCGCUAGCGCCGUUUGGAACAUUCCGAGGUCCGCGCGGAUUUCGUUGGUAGGCGCCGGACACCCCCUGGCGGCGCCUCUGGCGCCGCACCUGGUGGGGGAUCCAGCACCAGUCCGAUACAUCCGUGCGGCCCUCGAGAAGAUCAUGUUUAUGCAGCUCGUUCAUCUCAUACUUGUUGAUCGUUUACGGUGUAGUUUUUCCCGGCAGGAUUGUGUACCUCGUUGCUCGUGCUUGCUGUGGCCGCCCUCGCCGGGAUCUGCGGGUGGGAGCAGCAAAGCCCCAAGGUGUUGUGGUACCGCGCUUCCACUUCAGCCAAGGCAUUGUACGCAUUGUACACUCUGCCGAAGGAACACUUGGAUACAUUCCUGAAGUCGUACGAGCUCUUCGAGAAGGAGAACUACACGGGAGAUGAGGAUGGGGAGCACAUCAAGGGAUAUUACCAGGUAGUGAAUCAUUUGUGCGCCAUCGGCGAGGUGGAGAAGAUGUACAUCCCACCCGUCAUGGAUCUGAGUCUCGGAGUGUUUGGCAACCAGGUGUUGUGGGAGGAGAAGGGCAUGGCCGACAAGCUCGACGUGGGCGCGGGCAAGCAAGUCCUCGACGUGGGCUGCGGCAGGGGGCGCAUCGCGCACCACGUCGCAAAGUACACGGGGGCCAAGGUGGUGGGCCUCAACAUCGACAAGACGCAGAUACGGAUGGCGGAGGAGCACGCCAAGGCCGAGGGGAUGCACGGGUCUCAGCUUCAGUUCGUCGAGGGGAACUACAACAAGCCCUUGCCGUUUACGAACGAGACGUUCGACGCCUUGUACCACGUGCAGGCGCUCACGUACGUCCAGGACCUGGAUAAGUUGCUGCAGGAGAUUUUCCGGAUACUGAAGCCCGGCGCCAAGUUGUCUUUCCUCGACUGGUUCAAACUGGACAACUACAGGC